UAUGAUUUUACAUUGUUUAUUAUUGGAAAACAGGCGUGAACUUGAGCAAUAUUGGAAAAUGUGCAAUUAAAACAUGUCUUAUUCCAAAAUACCUCCUUACAUCCUGCAGGAACUGCCAGACAUCACUGAAACAGUGAACUAUCCCAUAAAAAACAUACAACGCAUUAAGUACACCUGUUUUGAUGUGUCAAGAUCAUUGAUAGCAUUUGGAGCUACUAGUGGCGGGAUCUAUGUGUUCAAUAGGUGGCCAUGUGAAUUUGUGCAACUUAUCCCCAGCAAGGAUGGCCCCAUCACACGCCUGGCAAUUUCAUCAGACGAAAAGCAUGUAGGGUUUGCAAAUGGCAAAGGUAUUCUCACUGUGACAGAGUGCGACCAAUCCCAAAGCAAUGGCUACUCAUCAACAUCAUCAAAAGAACAUCAGGGGAAUGAAGUAACAGCAAUGGUGUGGACCAGAAAUAUGCUUUUUGCAGGGGAUGAUGUUGGCAAAGUAUCAGUUCUGCAAUUGCAAAGUUUCAUUGCUAAAACCAUGUUCCAGAUUUCAUCUCAAAUAAUAAUGAGCUUAGACUCCCGAAUAUGCCAGCUUGACUCAAGAGACUGCAUGUUACUUGUAUCUACACUUACAAGAUGUUAUAUAUGUAACACUGCUCAGGAACAAUAUAGACAAAUUGGUCAAAAGCUCAGAGAUGGAGAAUUUGGAGCUUGCUUUGCAAAUGUUCAAAAGCCUCUCACAAAUGGUACAAUUGAAAAUAAGGAAGAGAAUUUUACUGAAGUUAAAAAAUAUAAUAUAGUUGAUGAUGAUGCAAGGUUUGUUGUUGGAGAGGAAUUUUCUAAUACUGUCAUAUUCAGUGCGCGUCCUUCAUCCCGCUUAUGGGAAGCUACGGUCGAUGGUAUGGUCCAAAGAACUCAUCAAUUCAAACAGGUUUUGGCCAAACAUCCCAUGAAAGUUGUCACUGUAGAAUCAUACGAGAAAGAAAUGUAUAGUAUAGAAGAUUUCUUAGAUGGUAGAGGGCAAUCUGUUAACUUUACGAAAAUAUACAGCUUCAAUGAUAACAUAUUCGCAUACAAUAAAAAUGCGAUAUAUUUCUUAAAUUUUCAAACCGUCGAUGACACAGUGUGGUUUGAUGCGUACAAAGAUAUUGUUGAAUGCAAGUUAUACAAUAAUAUGUUAUAUGUUUGGCUGGCUAAUGGAUCUCUCAUAAGUUUAAAGUUUUCAAAGUUAGAUAAGUUUCUGGUAAAAUGCUAUUUUGACGAAAAAUUUACGUUGUGUGCUGCAUUGUGCACUAUUUUCAAGGACUAUUUGCUCUCGCAUAACUUAUCUCCGAAAUUAAGCGUAUUAGUUGGCUUACGGGAUAAGUUAGAUAACAAUGGUGUAUUAAAAAGUGUCGAAGGUGUUCUAGAAAAAUUUGACAGUAUGAAAUCUAGUGAUGCGACUCAAAUGAAGUCUGGAAUUUACGUUGUAGACAACACAUAUCACACUCAAUCUUUAUUAGAUGAAAAUGUUCAGUCAAAACAUGCUGAAGAAAACAUAUUUGGCCCUCUGUCGCCGGAAGCCAUGCAAGCUUUAAAAGGAUUAAGCAUAACAGUAUCUGAUAAACUGAAUACGAGUAAAAAAAUAUUAAAAGAGAAAUGGGAAGACUUGAAACAUCUCAGUAUUGAAAAACAAGAUAUGACUCAGAUUAGAACACUGCAAGACAGCGAUAAGGUUCCUAAAUGGAUUUCUCGCGACGAAUAUACACUUGAAGACGCGCCAGCCGUUUUAGACAAUGAUAUUGUUUUUAGAGAAACUAGUCAAGAUAUUGUAGAAGUUGAUAAUAAUCUUGUAGAGCAAAAUAAAAUAUGCAAAAUGCUAUAUCAAUAUUCUAGGUUAAGUCUUGUGAAUAAGGAGUCAGAGUUGUCGAAUUUAAACUCUACAAUCGAGAGCUACGCCUGUGAUAUUAGCCAGAUUUAUGAUGUAAUGUUGUUAUUAGAAAAGUAUUGUGUUUCUAUAGGUGCUACAGAUGAAUCUAAGUUUGUGCCGAAUAAUAUCUUCCUCACUUACUUGAGCAAUUCUGAGAACAAAUAUGUUUUGAUAGACCUAAUAAUAAAAGAUGAAGUAUUGUAUAAAUAUUUCGUGGACUCGUGCAUAGCUGUGAACAUAAAAACUCAGAAACAUUCGAAUAUUGGUUGUGAAUGCGGUUUCCCACUUCCGUACGUUCGAACGAGUCAAAUGCCAGUUUUUUCAGAUUUAAUAGACGAGUUCAUUGAACAGCAGUGGUCAAGUCAGACGAAAGAACAGUGCUACGAAGUUUGCAGACGAAUGCCGUAUUUGUGGAGGAAAAUUUUGUACUUACGAAGAAACGAAGACUUAAUAAAUAUACUUAGGAUACUUUUACAGAUGCUAGAUGAGAGUCUCUUGCACUCAUUCUUGCCUCAAUUCACGUUGGAUACGUGGGAACGGGCAAUACAGCUUUAUGCCACAUUGUAUGCCAAUAUAUGCCUAAAUUGUAAUAAAAAGUUUGAACACAUCUCUGUGAGAGAUAUGCUGAGUUGGGACCAAUUGGGUUUGAUGAUUAUAAAGUCUAUUGGUGGUAGGAAUGCUGUUAAAGUGAUGCAAAAGCACGCAAAUUUGAUAGACUUUGGUGCGUUGACAGUUAAAUUUUAUUAUACGUGUUUGUUAGUGGCUCUGUACGAGAAAUACGACUGCACGAUUACUAUUCCUUUGGCUGACACAAUAUACAGUUCUUACGAUUUUGAAGAUUCCAGGAAUGAGAUACACAAACUCUUACAAAGUACAUCGAGAGGAGUCUUAAAAAACACUGCACUGCCGCUAACUGUAGCAGCGACGUCGCCAUUUUGGGGGCUCAAGGACGUGUAUAAUAAACUAUCCCAAGAUCCACAAGAGAAUCUUUCGAAUGACAUUUCUAUGGCGAUGACAAUAAAUAAUUUAACGGAUUGCGCGCUGUGCGGGCUGCCAUUACAAAACAUAGUUUUAAUCAAAGAUGGCGGAUUAUGGGUUUUUAGGUGUGGUCACACUUUUCACGGCGCGUGUCUGAAUUUGAACCAAAUAAAACUGUGUCCUUCUUGCUCUAUUAAGUGAUUCUGUCUAAACAAUAUUAUUGUGUUAUAUGAUAAAAUUUGUAUUUUUAUAAUAUUGCAACCAUUGUAUUGGAACUCAAAAGUGACUAAAAACGUUUUAUCGUAAUUGUAUUUGAUAUUUUUGAUUGAUUCUAAUAUAAAUAUAUAUAUAACGCGGAUGAGGCUUCGGAAAUUUCCGUCGAAUUUCGCCGGACUAUUUUCUUAACGUCAUAAGUUCUAAACUCGUUUACGUGACAUAGAUUGGCAGCUUUAAGACCAUCAACUGUAAUACUCUCUAUUUAAACACUAGUUCAAUUAAAUUAUGUUCGUAUUAGUGUAUUAUGAAAAAAGUGUGGUAAACAUUAUUCAUUUUAAAUUACUAAUAAUAAAUAGACAAGACUACAGCACCAAUCACAGUAUUUAUAAACAAAUAUUAUUCUUGUACGAAAGUAAUAUGAAAAGUGAAGUCCAGUAUUUUUACGAAAGGCUGGGUUAAAUUGUUUUUUCGGCUACUUUGUUUCGGUCAAAUAAGCAUCUUUUUAAACUAUAGCGAUAAUUAUUUUGUCAGAGGAGACAAGUUAUUCAAUAUACCUAAUUCUUUUAUCUGUAUAUUUUCGACAUUAUUAUUGUUAAGUAUACUAAUAAAAAAUAAUUGCCAUAAACUAAAUGAUCAUUUCGAAAUAAGUUCGGUAUAUUUCACCAAAAAUUCCCAUUUGCUUGUACCGAAAAAAUGUAAUCUGUGUAAGCCACUUUCUUAUAUUAUUAAGACUGGAUAGACUGUUGUCAUUCUUUUUUGUCUUCAAUUGAUUGACACCAUCGUUCAGUUCUGUUCUGAAGUUCUGAAGCUUUAAACAGAGAGUGUCUAAAGAACUAAAGUUUUAAUGAAGUACUAAAAUCUACUAUACUCAAUAUUAUUUCUAGAGACACUCGAAUUAGGCAUGCAACAUUUGUAAGCGAACAUUGUUAAUAAUCUAGUUUAGUGGUGUAAUCUGCCUAUGUUAUGAUAAAAUAGACAACAUAGCGCAAUGAAUUUUGGUGCGUUCGCAAAACUCACUCAAUGGCAAAAAUUCUUAUAAAUUAUCUAUAUAUAAGGAAUUUCUUUUAUUCGUUUUUUUAAGUGAAUUUAAUUCUUGCCCGUUUGUAUACAAUUUUUACUUUUUAUUCUAUAAAUUUAAUUAAUGUAUUAUCCACUAAAUAUAUAUAUAUAUUUAACUCUAGGUAGUAAAAUAUUUGCUACAGGUUCGUGCAUUUUAACAAGUAUUUCUAUAAAACUAAGCCUCAAAACGGCGCACCUUUAAUAAGCUUGGAUGAAAUUUGCACGCACGUAAAGUGUUAAUACUUCUUUAGUUUCACAUUUUUAUUACGUAUUCAAAUAAAGAACUGAGUAGUUGAUAUCGAUAACAAUAAACGAUAUCGAAUACGUAUACAAUACGUACCUACAAUACAAUACAAUAAUACUAUAGACUCCCCCGCAAUCAAUUCCUAUAUUAAAAGUACCAGCCGAGUCAAUCUUACCCAAAGCAAUGCCUUGAAUUUCGGUUACUGAAAAAACGUGGUGCUUAUAUCCUCUUUGCUAAACUGUGUUCGUUAUGCCACUAUUGCAGACGAAUUUAACGUAGUAUUGGUAUCCUCUCUGGACACGCAGCGCCACUUUUGUUUAAUUAAAAAAAAAUACUCAUUUGAUUUUUUUUAACGCGCCAAAAGAAGUAAAACUUUCAAAAAUAAAAAAAAACGCACGGAAUUCCACUAUUAUCUAUUAUUCCUGUGUCUAUAAUAUCAACUGCCAGGUAUAAAAGAGAUUUACCCAAUCAAAAUCAUUAGUAAACACGUUGUUUUUAAUCAUCUGCUAAACUAGCAAACUUUUAAAAUCAGUUUUAUAACAAUGUUAUUUGAUGUCAAAUAACAAAACGCGUCUUUAACAACGCGUCUUUAACAACGCGUCUUUAACAACGCGUCUUUAAUUAUGUUCAAAAUUACAUAUUAAGAGGAAAACAAAUCCAAUUUUAGGGUUUCUAUUCUAUGUAUUAUAUGUCGCCCAUAUAUUUCCUUCUGCAAAAUUUUAAACGCAUAUGAGGUUGGAUAGUUUUGCCAACGAUAUAUACCAUGGUGCGAUGAGAAAACGUUCUUAGACCAUAUAGUUCGAAAGCUUAGUUUAUUCUAGUCUUAUUUACUAGUAAUAUUUACAUUUAUAUAAUCUGGUGUUAUCUUUUUGUAUUAAAUCUCAGUGUAAACCACUUUGUAUUGCCGUAGUUUUAAUACUAUAUUGCUAUUAUUUGUUAAAUACUAUAGAGUUAAGUAGCUAUUUCGUAUAAAUAAAUGUUCAUGUAUUCAAUAGAGGCCUAAUCUACAAGAAACAUAUACAAAUAAUGUCGUACAAACGUGUCUUUAAGACGAAAGAUAAAACUGUUUAAUGCAUUGUACUAGGACCUAUAAUGGUUUGUUGGUUAGAUAAGUUUUAUUUUUUCAAUAGAGAACCUGGUUUAAGACUUGUAGACGUGGGGUGACGUAGUCAUAACAAUGAAAAUAACAAAAUCUAGAAAUAUAUUAUUUUUUGCAGGGAAAGAAACCUUAUUAUCAUUCUAAACCCAACUAAGUACCAAGUGUAAAUUCUAAGUUGUGCUCAGACAGCUAGAUUUGAUGCUGUUUUUAAAUAUAAAGACAGACAGAUAAAUAUGACAUGAAUAUAAGCUAAGUUUAACUAUAGAACCCUUAAACAAUUAAAUAUGUUCAACAGAAAUGCAAAAAGUCCAAUACAUUUUUAAUUCGUUUUUAUACAAUAGUACGUAACGUAAAUCGGAUAGGUAUUGGGAAAUUAUUAUUUUUCUUUGGAAUUAUGGAACAUGCUUGUAAAAAUUUUGUUUUGAAAUAUAAAUCUCGGUUUGCCAGAAAAUCCUUAGUACUUUACUAAUCUUAUACACGAAUUUGAAGAAAUCGCUUUCACGCUAUGUGUGUGACUAUUUAGUAAUAAUUUAUUUCAUAAAAAAAAUAAUAGAUCGUGUAAUUUCUGUAUGGUAACAUUGCUCUGUGCAAACCAAACCGCUGCGAGCGUGCAAAUCGUAGUUCGCUCGCUGUUGCCAGUGUUACAUUACAGAGUAGGAACAAGUAGAGUAUCUAUGUAAAAUGUUGAAUAUUUCAUAUUUAGCAAUCUUUCGAGUUAAACAAAAAGUCGUAGAACAAAAGUUGUUAGUUUUAAUGUAAACAACUACAGACCGAGAGCUUUCUGGCAUUUUUUAUGUAACCCUGUAUAUGAUACUUAGGGACAAAAAAAAAAUUUACCGGAUGCAUAUUUUAAUAAAGGGUAAUAAAUUUUAAUACUGUAGGUAAAUGCAGGCUCUAUGCGGCGUCAAUGUACUUAUAUGUAAGAGAUUAUGUUACUAUUUUUAAAUGGUCUAAUCUCAAGUAAUUAUGAAUGCAAAAGUGUUCUUGUUAGUAUGUAUGUCCUUCAUUUACUUUCUUUUUAUCUCGCUACUUUAGCCUUUGACUUAAUAAAUAAUAAUAAAUAUACUACGACAAUACACACACCGCCAUCUAGUCCCAAAGUAAGCGUAGCUUGUGUU